UGGAUCAAACGCUGUGGUUCCUCCAGUCGCACUGACUGAGCUCAGGCUGCUCUCACGGGUUCUCCUCUGUCUGGAUACCUCAGCCCGGCUCCUUCUCCUUUGUACAUUUCCUUCUCUGGAUUAUAUUCGUCUGAUGGUUUUCAACUACACCUCGAUGCAUAGAAAUGGGUAAACUGCACUCCAAACAUGCCGCUAUUUGUAAACCGAGGGAGAGUCCAGAAGGCGGCAGUUUCGUAGUGAACGCGUGUUUGGCGCGGAAGGGACUGGACGACUGGCUCGUGAAGCAGAAGUACUACUGCACGAGCUCUCGCCUCGAGCGGCAGGACUGUCACCACAGGGGAAGCUGCGGCUUGACGGCACGGGGCUCCAUGGUUGAAACAUGCGCUGAGGGGAUCGGUGAUGAACAUUACCGCUUAGAAGUGGCUUUACCCCCGGAGAAGACAGGCAGCUGCUGUGUGGAGGAGAAGAUGCAGGACAGGGACAGCCAAUCUCCCGCAGGGCCACAGAAACAGCUCCAGUUUGAAGAGUUGGAGUGUGCCGUGUCUGUGGAGGAGGAUAACAGGCAGGAGUGGACUUUCACCCUCUACGACUUUGACAACAACGGCAAAGUCACCAGAGAGGAUAUCACCAGCCUGCUGCACACCAUCUACGAGGUUGUGGACGCCUCCGUCAACCAUUCUCCCAGCAGCAGCAAGACGCUGAGGGUCAAGCUCUCUGUGGCUCCCGAUUCCAGCCAGCGGUGGAGGAGCUGUACGCAGGGUGCAGCAGAGUUGUCCCACCCCAGAGAGAAAAAUGACAAGUGUAUAGAAGACCCCAAGAGUGCAGACAAGAAGAGUCGAGCACUCCUAAGGCGCCACCACAGUGACCACCACACCCAGCCGGGCUGCCAGCGCCACUGUGUGGAUGAGAACCUGGAACGCAGGAACCACUACUUGGACCUGGCAGGCAUCGAAAACUACACGUCCCGCUUUGGAGCCGCUCCAGUCCCAGAGCCGACAAAGGCAGAGCCCCAGACCCGCUCGUCCAACCAAACUCGCUCUCGCUCCCACGAACCGGAAAACGGCCACUCCCAUUCCCACCAUCGCCGCUUGCCGACCGUUGUGGACACUGUCGCCCCAGACAACCUCCACCCUCCCCGGCCGCGAGGCCAAGACUCAGGGAAACAUGCCAUCCGUUCUCCCAAGUCCCACAGCCGCACACCUCCUGCACAGACCAGUGGCAGGGUGAUGAGAAGCCGAGGUGUUCCUCCUCCCCCUGCCCUGCCCAGCCAGACCCCUCCUCACCAGUCUGCAGCGCCCUACCGCAAGCACAAGCAGCGGUCCAAGGAGAGCCAGGGCUACCGUGCCUUAGGCCCUCUGGCGGCUUCGGGACCAGUGGUGGAGAAGGAGCAGGUGAGAAACCUGCCCAGCGUGCUGCUAUAUGAGGGGGGGCUUGCGCAAGUGGUGCAGCGGCACGAGCACCAUCACCACCACGAACACCAUCACCACUACCACCACUUUUAUCAGUCCUGAAUUUCCACUCUGCCUGGGACAGCUCAGCACUCCUGCAGCCCCACAUACCGCAGCCAGACCUGCAGACACUGACUUGCAGUGGCCUUCCUCCUCAAACACUGUGCAGUCCAGUGGCGUUGUAGUUGACAUGGGACAAGGGGAGGAGAUGGGGGUCACUGGAGGGGCGAUCCUGUACUGAGGUGGGAACAACCAGUGUUAGAAAGAGGUUGGUCAGACAAACAGAAGCUUGGGUAUGCAGCAGGACUGAGGAUCACAGCUGGGGAUGGAGAGGAGGGAUGGAGGGACAGAUGUGAUAAACAGCUCAGAAGCUCCUCUCCCCUCUGACCUGGUGUCCCACUACCUGAUGAACUCUACGGCUCCAAACCAGCACCACAACCCUUCCAGACCACUAAGCCCAAAGGUUUCUAAGGAACAGGAGGGAAGACAGGAGGAAAGACUGGUGUAAAGAUGAAAAUAUAUGAAGGAAUAUAGGUGGUAGGAGAGCAGGGCAUAGCAAGAGUGUAUGCGUGUGCUGAAUAUUGUUUGAAUGUGUGGGCGUAGCAAGAGAGUUUGUGUGUGUGUGGAAUAUUGUUUGAAUGUGUGGGUGUAGCAAGAGUGUGUGUGUGUCUGUGUGUGUGUGAGUGUCACGACACUGGUGUCUGUUGAAAACCACUUGAGAAGUGCGCUCAUGGGUGCGUGAUUAUUUAAAGCUGACUGUCAGGCAGGUUUUUGAAGAUGAAGAUUCUGAUCUGAGCACGCAAUACCCCGUCAGCAAGUUUAAUGGGAAGGAAAAUGCUGAAAUGUUAUCAAGUAAAAAAAAAAAAAGAAGAUCCCAAAUCCGCUGCUACCUCUAAUUUUCUCCUAAUUGUUGUUAUAAUGGUGACUUUGACUAAGCAUUCAGAGGUUAUUUUCAAAUUACUUGGAAACAUUUUUUUGAAAGAAUAGGAAUUGUGUCACAAUCUGUUGUACUGAAGUGUCGAGAAGCUCCUUACUUUUAUUAACUAAUAUUUACUGUACAUAAGGUAUAUAUUGUUAUCAAUUUUACAAGCUUUAUUGAUAAUGUGAUAUCUUUGUAUUCACUAUCUGAUGCUCUUGUUUGCUUUCCUACUCAGCCGUAUUUUAUAAGACCACUAGGAGCCCCCGUUUGACAAGAAUGUGUAUUUCUCACUCAUUCUCUCUCUGCUUCGACUCUCUAUGCCAUUGGAUGUGAUAUGUAAACGUGACCAAGUAAUUAUGGCUGAAUGAGUGAAAUCCCAACUCUCAACAGUGCUGCAGAAUCGUUCAGUAGUGUUCAUGGUACAUGGCUGUACUUUAAAAAACAUAUCAAAGCAUAAUAAUGGGGUUUAGUUCAUGUGAGCUUAGCUGUAAUUGAGCGGCCUUUGUGUAGAUGUUAUAUCUGCAUUAAAGCUAAGAAUAUCAUCAGCCUUAACCCAUUGAAAUGCAAAAACUAUAAAGCUUUUGUUAAGUUCCUGGAACCAAAAGGUCAAUUCAUUUUGAAAUGGUCAGCAGUUAAAUCCCAUAUCUUUAGUCCCAUCAACACUUAAAUACAGAAUAAGAGAAUGUCUGUAGCUGUGUAAACCAGUUAUUUCUCAGGCCUUCUUGCCUAUUUUGCAUAAGCUGAAACCUUGUCACACCCAGCCAAUCAGAUGUUGGUGUAUAUAUUUAUCAGUAUGGAGUUUGACCUUUUUUUGACAAGUUAUUUAUGUCAAGAAAUGCUGAGCGUGCAUUUAAGUUUUCACGAGUGCCCCGCUUUAGAUCCAAGCAGAUUCACAUUCACAUCCACGGAGUUGUCACGUGCCACGAUAUUCUUUUUGGACUGUGUGACUUUAAGGCCAGCACUUUCUCCAGCAGUUCUGUUGUCUGGCCCCUGGCACUGAGGUCACAUGGCUCCUCCCUGUGUUUCCAGCUGUCAGCAGGUCUUUCUUCUUUCAGCUGUCUCAUUCCUCUGGUGCUGGAUGACACUGGGCCCGGCCCGCAGUCUCCGCAAGACCCAUAACUCACCGCUGCUGCUCUCCUGCCAACAGGGACUGUCUGCUUGUCCUGUCCCAUGAUGCUCUGCGGGCGCUGCAGUAAACAUGCAGAGGUCGAUGGGACCAGCAUGCAAAGAAAAAAAGUGUUUUUACCUGCGUCACAUCUGGUCUGACAGAGGCAGCGGAGUGAAGUGUUCCCCAGGACUGUUUUUCCUACUGAUAAUCUACAGCACUUUCCUGUUUCUUCUUUGUAGUGGAGUAUGUUUCUCAACCUUUGGAGCAAUGAGAGUUUAAGUGCCUCGCUCCAAGGUAGCCCACCCAUACAGAGGGGAGAACACAUUCUCGUUAGCAGGCUUCAUUCCCAAACAAUCCAGGAGACUGUAGGAUUCUGUCGCAGGCACGUGUGUUUUUGUGAUGAGCAAGAAUGCAUUGUAUGCCAGACUUGUCCUCCGCACUGAGAUGUCCUCUCACAGCUGCAGGCUGUCCUUUAGCGGGAGGCACCAGUCAGACGGGUCAUCUCACGGGACCCAGUGGUUAAAACGGCGUCAUUCCCCGAGGAAGAUCACAGCUGCGCUCCAUACCUCAGCUUCUUAACCUCACACUGCUUUUCCUGGACGAGUCCUCACCACUGGACCCCUCAUAACACUGUAGCUCCUGUCGAUUCUUUCACCUCUUCUGAAAUAAGUGUAGAUACUGAUGUAUGGCUCUAAAUAUAAGCAGUGUGGAAUAAGGUGACUGUUUGUCCAGCAGGGAGGUCUGAUUCACGAGUUGAGCAAAGGCGAAUGAAGGGAAUUGGCUAAAAAGAUCAGUCAGACCAACAGUCAAGUUUAAUUUGUUUUUAUUUCUUUCAGCCAGAGUUUAACUACAGACACAUUGCUCUUGUUAAUUCCCUGCCUCAUAUGCAUAGAGUAACCUGAAGUCACACUAGAACCUAACAACUACUCUAUAAACUACAAAUGUACUUUCAUACCUUUGGCCACAAAGCACUGUCACAGGAGCAACAAGGGAUGUUUUGCUUUUCUCAAGAGAACCUCAACAGCAUUUAUUUAGGGUUGUGAAAACCGUAACCUCCCACUGCCACUAUCCCUCUCCUGUCUCAUCACAUCAUGGAAAUGUAUCUAUAUUUUGAGAGAAAAAAAGAUCAUGUGCUGGCGUUUUUUUCAUUUUACCAGCAGCCAAGUUGUCAGCCAUCCUGUUUAAAUCUACAUUUUAUUUUGUUUGCCAUUAUGAUGCGAGAGCAGGUGUAACUUUAAACCUUCAAAUUAUGAAUGUCUCCAUUUGGAACACAAAAGUCAAAUCAUGUCACACAAUCUUCUGUCCUGUUGUAUAGGAUAUCCAGAGCCACAUGUCCAUGUUACUACAGUAUUUAAUGCUCCACUAAUAUCAAUGUGUAUCAACAUUUUCUAAAAAAUCUGAUGUAUAUAGUGGACUACAGAGGUUAAACCAGCAUCAUGUAGAAAGAAAUUAAGUCUUAUUUGUAAUUGAUGACUGUCAAGCUAUCUCACUUGCCUACUGUCAGCUAGUACUCAUAAUGCAGUAUCCGCCACACCAAUCUGACUCAGCAGGGAGGAAUAACUCUCCACCACAAGCUGUUUGUGCCCACACACAGACACUUGGUAUUUGUUGUAAAGGAAAAUUGUUUAGCACUAGCUAUUCUUUCCCUUUCCCCCCUUCCUCCUAUUGUUUUUCAUGACUUUGUUUAGUUGAGAUAGAUUGUAUUUGAUUAAUUGCUCUAUUUAUUUGAUAGCAGAUCUGUGCCAAGGGAAAUACCCUUUUAUUAAAGUAUGAACCUGUUCCUUAUAAACUGACUGACUUAUCGAGUCAUUUCAUUUCAGUUUUCACCAGUAGUAUGUGUAUUGGUGUGCAGAUUUGCACAGUGCAUGUGUAUUUAUAAUAAACAUUAUUUUGAAAUAA